GCCGCUUUGUCGGCCUGCAAUCCCUGUAGCCCCUUAUACCCCGGCUGCAUUCAGGCCUCGGGGACCCAGGUCCCUGGGGCCACCAGCCUCAGAGGCCCCCCCCAGGCCCCGGCAUGUUCCUGCACUGGAGGAGGCGAGGUGCCUACGAGCUGGAGGCGCUGCCUGGGAACCUGGCUGAGCUGGGGCUAGGGGCUGUGGAGCGCUUCUCUUGGAGCUCCAGCCUGGACAUCACUGAGGACCUCAGGGCCGACCAGAGCCCAGCUGAGCGGGGACGGCACUGCCAGAACCCAGCCUGCAUGGACAAGCGCUGGGCCGCCAAGGUAUGCCACCAUGCUGACUGCCAGCAGCUGCACUGCCGGGGGCCCCUCAACCUCUGCAAGGCCUGUGACAGCAAGUUCCACAGCACUGUGCACUAUGACAGCCAUGUCCGCUUCGACCUGCCCCCUCAAGGCUCUGUCCUGGCCCGGAAUGUGUCCACCCGGUCGUGCCCACCCCGCACCAGCCCUGUGGUGGACUUGGAGGAAGAUGAGGAAAGCACUGCGGAUGGCAAAGGGGACCGGAAGACCACAGGCCUGAAACUUUCUAAGAAGAAGGCGAGGAGGAGACACACAGAUGACCCCAGCAAGGAGUGCUUCACCUUGAAAUUCGACCUGAAUGUGGAUUUGGAGACAGAGAUCGUCCCUGCCUUGAGGAAGAAGUCGCUGGGGGAGGUGCUGCUGCCCGUGUUCGAAAGGAAGGGCAUCGCCCUGGGCAAAGUGGAUCUCUACCUGGACCAGUCCCACACACCACUGUCCCUCACUUUCGAGGCCUACAGGUUUGGGGGACACUACCUGAGAGUAAAAGCCAAGCCGGGGGAUGAGGGCAAGGUGGAAAGGAGCGUGAAGGACCCUAAGUCUCUGAGCCUCCCACUCUUGCGGCCGGCGGCUGGGGCUGGGCCCCCUGUGCUGGAACGUGUGGAUCCCCAGAGCUGCCGAGAGAACCUUGAGGCCUCGGCUCCUGGCCGCCGGCGCAAGAACAUGUCAGAGUUCUUGGGGGAGGCCAGCAUCCCGGGCCAGGAGCCCCCUGUGCUCUCCAGCUGCUCUCUGCCCAGCGUUGGCCCCAGUGACAGCUGGAAGAACCGGGCAGCCAGUCGCUUCAGUGGCUUCUUCGGCUCCAGCCCCAGUGCCAGUGGCCUGGGCCGGGAGCUGGACAGGAUGGAGCAGCUGGAAGCCAAGCUGCAUGCCUACAGCCUCUUCGGGCUGCCCCGGCUGCCCCGCCAGCUGCGCUUCGACCAUGACUCCUGGGAGGAAGAGGAGGAGGAGGACGAGGACGAGGACACAGACCGCGCCUGCCCGUGGCUGGAGGACAGCUGGCGGGAGCUCAUUGAGGGGCACGAGAAGCUGACCCGGCGGCAGUCCCACCAGCAAGAGGCGGUGUGGGAACUUCUGCACACCGAGGCCUCCUACAUCCGGAAACUGCGGGUCAUUACCAAUCUGUUCCUGUGCUGCCUCCUGAACUUGCAAGAGUCCGGGCUGCUUUGCGAGGUGGAGGCGGAGCGGUUGUUCAGUAACAUCCCGGAGAUCGCUCGACUGCACCGAACGCUGUGGGGCAGCGUGAUGGCACCGGUGCUGGACAAGGCGCGGCGCACGCGGACGCUGCUGCAGCCCGGGGACUUCCUCAAAGGCUUCAAGAUGUUCGGUUCCCUGUUCAAGCCCUACAUCCGCUACUGCAUGGAGGAGGAGGGCUGCAUGGAGUACAUGCGCGGCCUGCUGCGCGACAACGACCUGUUCCGUGCCUACGUCACGUGGGCCGAGAAGCAUCAGCAAUGCCAGAGGCUGAAGCUCAGCGACAUGCUGGCCAAGCCCCACCAGCGCCUCACCAAAUACCCACUGCUGCUCAAGUCGGUGCUGAGGAAGACGGAUGAGCCGCGAGCCAAGGAGGCUGUCGUCACCAUGAUCAGCUCUGUGGAGCGCUUCAUCCACCACGUGAACGCGUGCAUGCGGCAGCGGCAGGAGCGGCGGAGGCUGGCAGCCGUGGUGAGCCGCAUCGACGCCUAUGAGGUGGUAGAGGGCAGCAACGACGAAGUGGACAAGCUCCUGAAGGAAUUUCUGCACCUGGACCUCUCGGCGCCCAUCCCUGGAGCCUCACCGGAGGAGACGCGGCAGCUGCUGCUUGAGGGCAGCCUGAGGAUGAAGGAGGGGAAGGACGGCAAGAUGGAUGUGUACUGCUUCCUCUUCACCGAUCUGCUCCUGGUGACCAAGGCCGUAAAGAAGGCUGAGAGGACCAAGGUCAUCAGGCCACCACUACUGGUGGACAAGAUCGUGUGCCGGGAGCUCCGGGACUCCGGCUCCUUCCUCCUCAUCUACCUGAACGAGUUCCACAGUGCUGUGGCCGCCUACACAUUCCAGGCCAGCGGCCAGGCCUUGUGCCAAGGGUGGGUGGACGCCAUUUACAAUGCCCAGGACCAGCUGCAGCAGCUGCGUGCCCAGGAGCAGCCUGGCAGCCAGCAACAGCUGCAGAGACUGGAGGAGGAGGAAGAGGAGGAGAGCAGCACUUCGACUGCCAGCUCUCCCACCAUCCUGCGCAAGAGCGGCGACAGCUUGGACUCCCAGCACGGUGCUUCCGAGAGCUCCACCGAGACCCUGGCCGUGGUUGUGGUGGAGCCUGGGGAGAUGCUGUCAUCCCCUGAGUUUGGCAGUGGCCCCUUCGGCUCCCAGUCAGAUGAGACCUCUCUGGGCACCACUGCAUCCUCCAUCACGCCCACCAGUGAGCUGCUGCCCCUGGGCCCGGCGGAUGGCCUCUCUUGCUCCAUGGACUCAGCCUACGGCACCCUGUCCCCCAGCUCCCCACAGGACUUCGCAGCCCCAGCCUCCGUGGUAGAGCCCAUGCCCCAACCUGUAGAGUCACCACGAGCCCCUUUACCCCCACCCUCACCCUGUCACCGCUGCCGCGCGCCAGUCCAGCUUCUGCCCCACCCAUUCUACCUGCUCAAGUCUAAGUCCGAAGCCAGUCUCCUCCAGCUGCUAUCUGGGGCUGCCCCCCAUGGGGCACACCCAGCUCCCAGCCGCAGCCGUUCUGAGCUCUGCCUGGCUGCUCCCACCCCAGCCACUAGGACUCAGUGCUCUCCUCAGGAAGUGGGGCCUAGCUGGGACUGUCAGACACCUAUCCCAGCCAGUGGCCCUGGGCCAUUGGAGGUGCAGAACAGAGCCAGCUGCCAGGCCGGGUAUCCUGCAGGCCCAGCCAAGAGGAGCUACAGGGAGCUGCCCUCAGGGGCCUCUCCCCUGGCCCAGCCUGGGCCCCCUCCAGGUCUCUCAGCCCAGCACAGGAAGCUGACCCUGGCCCAGCUGUACCGAAUCAGGACCACCCUGCUGCUGAACUCCACACUUACUGCCUCGGAGGUCUGAGCAGAGGGCAUCUGCUAACCAGGAGACAGCAGACACAGGUCUCCUAGGAGUAUGGUACCUGCUCUAGCUGCCACCUCUGGUGGCAUGGGUUGAAGUGCCAGGCUGGACUGCUGCCUACCACCCUGGCUGAUUUGCGCUCGCCGGACUGGAUGGGGUGGAGGAUGGCCCCACAGAGCCCCUGACCAUGCUACAGCACGUCCCCGCCUGUCCAGAGUCCCCUGACCCCAACUCCUGAGGUCACCAGCUCUGACCCUCUGGGCUUGGCUUGGGGGGGGUGCCAGUCCCACUGCCACCCUCAUCUGGCCUCAGAGGGGACUGCCCCUGUCCCCAGCACCCUCCCUCCCAGUCCUUCUGGCCACCCCAGCUCGGGCUGAAUCUGUAAAGCAGUGUAUUUAUUGAGCUAUGAUUCUUUUAUAAAGACUUGUCUGCAUUCCCCCGGAGAGUCCUGUCUUCUGGGCCCCCCCUUUCUUUACCCAGGUGAUGGAGUCCCAGUGGCUCUGCUCUGUGCCCCUCCAGCAAUGGAGGGGCCCUGUGGGAGGCACUGAGGGGCAGACUACAGUAGCGGGGUGGGAGUGGUACCAGGCCAGUGUCCCAGGGCCAGGAGGGAGCUCACUGUGAGUUUUCAUUCCUGCAGGUGACGUCCCAAGCUCUGGGAGGGCACUCCCAAGGACUCUGGACUGAGUCCCCCUGGGGGGGGUCUCCCCCCAGGGGACUUUUGGGUACUUUCCUUUCCGCCCCCCACCCUUCAUGUGCCUGGCCACAGCGUCCUAGCGCAAAGUCCCUAGCCCCGGCUUCCCCACUGGACACUGGUUCUCAGGGUUGGGGCCAGGUCGAAGUGGCGGGCGUCAGGCGGGCGGAGGGUGGACUGGGGGAGUCCAUGGUUGGGCAGGGACCCGUGCCCUGCUUGGGGCGUCAGAGAACUGCGGCCUCUCCCGGCCCGCCACG